AUGUAUAAUGUAAAUGACCGAUUAAUUAAUAUGUUAAAUAUUUCUCACGGAUCGCUGGUUACUUUAAAAGAAGAAUUAGCAACGCUUAUCGAAGAUAAAAAUACAUCGAGAAAAAUUUUACGUUCGACAACAACCAUUGGAAAUGAAGUAGGAUCAUUGAAGCCGAUGUCACCUAAAAAAUAUCACCAUUCUGGUCGUUCAAAAAUUGUUCUAUCAGAUUAUGGAAAUGAAAUGUUACGGUUCGAAUUUCACUUAUUAUUGUCUGAAAAAGUUUAUCCAACUUUACGUCGUUUAUUAACACGUUUAAAAAAAGAUUUACCUGAUUUUCCAAUCAACAGCAUUACAACACUAUCAAAACAUUUAAAAGAACUAGGUUUUGUCUAUAGAAAGUCGGGUUCAGUCAAAGUGAUUUUAGAUUCUACUUUUUUUGUUGCUGAAAGAGGAAGAUAUUUUCAUCAUCUAAAUAUGUUAGAAGAAGAAAAUGCUUUAAUCUAUUUCCAAGAUGAGACUUGGUUGAAUGCCAAUGAGGAAAAACGAAGUGUUUGGAUUGAUUCUAGCGAUUCUACAGGAAGAUUUCGUAGUGGUACAGGCAAAGGUAAAAGAUUGGUGAUCAAUGCAUUGAUUAGUCGUCAUGGUUUUCAUCUUCCAACUGUUGAUAUAUUUGAAUCCGAUUCGUUUCAUUCAAUGAAUUCUGAUCGUUUUGUUAACUGGAUUAAACAAACUUCAGGUAUUCUACGAUGUGAAGCAGGUAAGAAAGGAUGUUUGACAGGCAAUAAUAGUUCAUUAAAUGCUAGUAAUUACCCAGGUCCAAAUCGAAAGAUUUGUAUAAUAAUAGACAAUGCCAAAUGGCACAACGUACAAACCGACUUCAGUCGAAUUCCAUCAAGAUCAUGGAAUAAAGAUAGAAUUCGUCAGUGGUUGGAUCAACAUCGAAUUCCAUAUCUUGAUCAUCAUCUUAAAGCAGAAUUGCUUGAAUUGUGUCAUGCAAAUGCUCCACCAAAACAAUAUUUGGUUAACGAGGCUGCUGCAGCAUUUGAUAUUGAGAUUUUACGUUUGCCCAUUAAACACUAUAUGUUGAAUCCAAUAGAAAUAGUAUGGGCAUCUAUGAAAGCUUAUGUUCGUGACCAAAAUACGUCGUUUAAAUUACAAGAUGUUCAUGCAUUCGCAGCUCAUUGGUUAGCUGCUUGUGAUGGACCAACAUCAGCUGGAUGUUUUGAACAAACCAAACAAUACGAGGCAGUUUUCAAAGCAGCGGAUCAUUAUGUUGAAUCAAUUGAAGAAACGUUAAUCGAUAGCGAUGAUGAUGGAUCCGAUCAAAGUUCAGAUGAUGACGAUGAUGAACGAAGUUCAGAUGAAGACAAAUAA